UCGCCAAUGUCGUGGUGCCUCCUGAUAACUCUGCUGCUCGGCGCGCCCUUCUUAUCGCCUUGCGGAGGAUCGCUCCAUCGUUUCCAUAGCGGCGCAACCCCGACCGGUUCCGCCACAGGUGCUACGGCUGGGUUGCUUGGCUCCUCCGAUAGGAGUGUGGAGGGUGGAGCAGAGGCUCUCCGGAGGUUUGCUUCUACACGGGCUAUGAAAACAGGAACAACCAUCGCUGGCGUGGUUUUCGAGGGAGGUGUGGUGUUAGGAGCGGAUACUCGAGCCACGGGCGGGAAAACGGUGUGCGACCGCAACUGCGACAAGAUUCACAUCCUCGCUUCCAACAUUGCCUGCUGCGGGGCUGGGACCAGCGCGGACGCGGUCAGGAUAACAGAGGGGGCACGCCUCGCGCUGUUGCGGAUGGCCCGAGAGAUGCAAGCCUGCCUGCCCUCCAGCAGGUCGCCUCUCCUCCAAUGCCAAUCUCGAGCGGACGAGGAGAGGGCCUUGGCUAGCUGCGACAGCGGGCUGGAUGAGGUGCAGCGCAAGCAUCUCCGGGUCGGCGCGGCGGCGUUGUUGCUGAAACGGCACCUGUUCCGGUACCAGGGGACCGUUUCCGCAGCUCUCGUUUUAGGAGGAGUGGACGUUAUCGGCGAGCAUAUCUACCAGAUCCACGAGGGAGGAAGCCUCGCCGAGGUGGAAUUUACGGCCAUGGGUAGCGGGAGCCUGGCAGCGUUGAGCGUUCUGGAGCGGGGUUACCGAGAAAACCUGACAGAACAAGAAGCCAAGGAGCUCGUACUAGAAGGCAUCGCGGCGGGAAUAGACAACGACUUGGGCAGCGGAAGCAACAUCGACUUGUGCGUCAUCACGGCGGAGAGAGGCCUGGAGCACCACAGGGGGGCUUGGACAGAUCCAGGCCUUGAUGACGAUGACAUUGCUGCUCGAGAGCUUCCCGAAGGUUCACGUGGUAGCGAAAAUGACAACAAAAUGGGGCAAGUCCAGCACACCGACGCUCGCCCAAUACCAAGAGGUGACAGAGAAGGAGUAGCCAAGAGGGCCCAAUCUCCGCACCCAGCAGCGCCAGCAACCGCAAGUGUUAGUAGGUCGAGAGUCCCAAGCAUAGCUCGUGCCUUGCAUAGGUCACUGGUGCUGUUGAGGUCAUCUGAUGCUCUUGUUUUAUGCAAGUAA